UACAUGGAGUCAGUCUACCGCGGGACAUUGUGGCGUGCGGGUGUGUCUCAGCGCGGCACCGGCCCUCACUCGUACUGUGCUGGAGGUGUGUUGCGCGCCCUGCCUUGCUCGCCUCAUGACGCUGCCUCUCUUUGGGGGCUUCAUCAUGCAGGAGGCAAGCACCUACAGACUACUUGUAUAAACUUGAGGAAGAUAAGGUCUUCUCCCUGCAGUGUCGUAUAUAGGUGGAGGAGGCGUUGAUCUUUGCGCCACAACCACCACCACCAAUACACCAGCAUAAGGAACAAGUCUACUGCCGAGAGAGAGAGAGAAAAAAAAAAAAGAUACCCAAAAGUUACCAAGACAGGACACAGGCAAAGAAACGAGAGCCAGUGAGUCAUAUUUGUAGAGGAACGGCACAUAUGAAAACCACGUGACCCUGGAGGUGUUGUGAAGUGUCAGGUGAACCUUAUACGUGACGCGGUGCACCUCCUGGACGCUUAGGGACGUUGUGAAGUGGCUUAGAGUGAUUAGGAAACCCUGUCAGUGUAUCUGGAGGCAUCGUGUGCUGGACCGGGCGUGGGUGAAGGCGAGGAGCUGAGGCCUGACUUGAGGAGGAGGUAUUGACGACCUUGCUCCUGUGUGUGUGUGUGUGUGUGUGUGUGUGUGUGUGUGUGUGUGUGUGAGGGGAGGACGUGCUGUUUACCUCUCACUUGGGCACCACCACCACCUCCUCCUCCUCCUCCUCCUCUUCCUCUCACUUCUCCGUCGCCUCUCGAAGCCAGUCACACCAACCACCUGUUCCAUUCUCGAGGACAAAUCACUUAUCAUACAGUUACCUAGCGUCGACGCCUCAGCACAGUCUCAGCUUCCACGCAUCCCACCGGUCGGCCUCCAUCAAACCCCGUACUCUGCCACCCACCCACCGGCCUCCACACGCCCACUCCUUCAGGUGUGGGUACGCGGCGGGGCAUGGCGGGGGGACUGACACGCUGAACCACAGUGUGUGGCAGCGGUGAGGUCAUGCCAGGCCUCGUGCCCUCUGCAGCCAUGGAGGCGGCGGCCGCUGGCACCGAGGAACUGACGCGGGGCCACAGCUGAGCAUCCCUCAGGCGUGUUCCCGCUGGCCGAACUGACAGCGAUGUGCGUUUCCGGUAUUCAAUAUGGAUGAAAGAGUUAUGAAGUAUUCCUGAAGUGUCUGCGUCAUGCGAUUCGUGCAGUGGAGUUGCAUCUCAGAACCUGCCAUUACCGUGCGUCACUAAGAGGCGGAAAGUGUUCCUCUCUGGUGACCUCUGUGAGUCACACACACACGGUGACGCACCUGUCCACCCACUCACAGACGAUGGGAGACUUGAAGGUUGAAGGUGGUGGCCGGAUGGUGAAUGGUGGCGGUGACCUGAUAGUGAAGGAUGGUGAGAGCAACGACGCCCAUGAGACUGACAGCGGCAUUCACAGCGGCGACGACGUGGUGGACCGCGGGUGUGGCGGGGAGACAGGACGGGGAAGACGCGCCCGGCAGCGGGAGCCUCACCGGGAAGGUGACGUAGAGACAGUGAUGGAUGGAGCUGUAGAGGAGCAGGCGGAGAAUGAGGAGACAGGAAGAUAAGAGCUGGGAGGAGAUGUCUUUUAGCACCAAAGAGGCUGAUGACCUGAAGGUGAUCGACUUGGACCAAGACGCGCUAGGACACAGAAGACAAUUGAAAAACUUUGACAGAAAUUACAGCGGAGACAGAAGAGUGUCGCCGAGAUAUGGUUAUGUGGAUACGAGUGAUAAAGAUUCAGACGCUGAAGGGGCGCUGACUGAUGGGCUGGUGGCGGCCUCGGCGAGGGACCGCUGGGACGCCUCCCCGGAAUGUUACAAGGUAUCCACGGACAGAGCUGUGUAUGGGAGAGAAAGUGAAUCCCCGGACACCGACAUCACGGUGCUGAUGCUCGACCACUCGAGGAGUGGCAGCGAGAGAGGCUUGGAUGCCAAGUACAGCCUCCCGCCGGACCCAGAGGACGACGCAGCAACACCGGCCAGUAAUGUGUCUCCUGUGUCUUCACCUGUCCACGGGGACGGUGCAGAGUCACCCAUGCCCGACCAUAGAGAGUCCACGUGGUCACAAGCUUACGGCACAAACCCAGAAAUACGCAUUCGUAAAGACUCAAGUGACUGGAAUGAGUCCCGCACGCCCUCUCCUCCCUCAGGCGAGGGCAGCAGGUCGCCAGAUAACAGUUCUGCUGACGGGCGCUACUCGGUCAAUAAAAAGUUCGUUUCGAAGUCUUUAAGCGAAGGAACGAUACAAUCGGACCCAACGAGAGGCCGAGUCUUCCCUUCACUGGGAGAGAACCGCGGUUCCUGCAGAGGGGCUCAGUGCAGACUUGAUAUCCAGGAAGAGUUACCGGAGGACGUGGAGGACGGCGGGGAACGGGAUAACCGCGAUACCAAGUCACGGGGAAGGAGGGAGCGGCGAGGCGAGGAGUGGCAGAUGAAGGAUACCCUGAUGGUGCCCGGGGAGCGACCCACGCGGCGCGGCCUGGGCAGGCUGGGCAUCACCUACGAUGACGCCCUCUCCCUCUCCUCUCCGUCUAGUCCUGAAGAUGAAGAGUCUCGUAGAUUCUCUCAUUCUUCUGCUGAGCUCACGCCGCCACAGGAGAUGUGUGACGGAGGCAGCAUGCAGACACUGGCGGCGCCUCUACCUGCCCACUGCACCAUCUCUGGUCAUAAAGUGGUGGACCGCAGCAGUUCGACGCGGGAGGCAGACCCCACCGGACAGAUCUUCAAGCGCGGCCACGUGUACCACGGCGUGUACUUCCCAACGCUCACUAACAGCUUCCGCGACCUGCAGCUGGAGUCGGCGUUCCAGCGGUACUCUCACAGGCAGCGGCAGCGAUCCCUCAUGAUGGUGAAUGGCGUGGACCUCGCCCUCAAACUGGCCGUGCUAGUCAUCGUCCUCACCCAGGCCAACGCCGACCCUGUCCCGACCAUCACCUACUCAGUGUCGUGGAUGUUGGUGAACGUAGUGUUUUGUGUGCUGUCUUGGUGGCGGAGGUUUGCCAACAACUACCUGCACUGGGGCGCCCUUGGAACCUGGCUAGUCCUCAACGUUCAAGGGUGCAUCUCGCAGGUGUUGGAGCAGCAGCACCUGAAGGACGGCACGAAGAGCGAAAACAUGAUGUGGUACCUGCUGUUCAUUGUGUUCGUCACCUACUCCAUGCUGCCGCUGCCUCUCCGCUGGGGCAUCCUGGCGGGCUCCCUCACUGCUCUCUGCCACCUCGUACUUACCUUCAUCCUCUAUUAUAAAACGGACAAGGACCUGCUCACCACCGUGCUGGCCAACGUGACGCUAUACGUGGCCAUCAACUUCGCUGGGAUGUACACCAAAUACCUGACGGACCGGACACAGAGGAAGGCCUUCUUGGAAACCCGCCGCGCCAUGGAGAUGAGAUGCCGCACGCAGAAAGAAAAUGAGAGGCAGGAGAAGUUGCUGCUCUCAGUGCUACCAAGGUUCGUGGCCCUCGAAAUGAUCCGGGACAUCGCCAAGGAGGAGGAGCGCGGUGAGUUCCAGCCGUCGCAGUUCCACAAGAUCUACAUUCACCGCUACGAGAAUGUGUCCAUCCUCUUCGCUGACAUCAAGGGCUUCACCGCCCUGGCCAGUCGAUGCAGCGCCCAGGAGUUGGUGCGAGUCCUUAACGAUCUCUUCGCUCGAUUUGACCGCCUGGCUAGUGAGAACCACUGCCUGCGGAUCAAGUUGCUGGGUGACUGCUAUUACUGCGUGUCAGGUCUGCCCGAGGCUCGCGAGGACCACGCCCAGUGCACGGUGGAGAUGGGACUACACAUGAUCAGGGCCAUAAAGCUGGUGCGGCAGAGAACACAGGUGGAUUUGAACAUGAGGAUCGGCAUUCACUCCGGCUCGGUGCUCUGCGGAGUGCUGGGUCUCCGUAAGUGGCAGUUCGAUGUGUGGUCUUAUGAUGUCACGCUCGCCAACCACCUGGAGUCCGGAGGCAUACCAGGGCGAGUCCACGUGUCCAAGGCGACGGUGGAGUGCCUCAAGGGCGUGUACGAGGUGGAACCUGGUCUUGGAAUGCUGCGGGACCAAUACCUUAAAGACCACGGAGUCGAGACUUUCCUCAUCAAACGCGAAGAGCCGCUGUACACCCGCCGGCGAGGCCCUCGCUUCUCGCGCUCCAGACUAUGGUCAGAAGACGAGCGAAGCAACAACACCAUCUCCCAGGUAGUGCUUGCUUCUUCCAGCUCAUCAGUCAAGCACAAGUCCAACCUCCCCACCAUCACCACCACACCUUGUGACCUGGAGGAAGAUGACUGCCAGGACUUCAGCACCACCAUUAUCACUGUCACAGAGAAUGUACGCCGCCAUCACCACCAUCCCCACCACCACCACCACCAUCAUGCUGAUCCUCCCAGCAGUAACGGACACACAGUCACUGUUCCCAACGAGGCGCCCAGUGACUCAGAGAAUAAGAAUGAUGAGGACGGCAGCAAGAUGGCUGAGGGCACGGGCAGCCGGUCAGGAUCUCCCAUCAAACUGGAUGAGAUUGCAAUGGACUGGACUCCAGAGAUUCCAUUUGAAAAUCUGAGUUACUACCUUUGGAAGUGGCUCUCUGCCGCUCGCCGAUCUCUAGCUCGCCGGAGGGCACAGGCCAGCAAAGCAGGAUCCUUGCUGGAAAUGGACUGGGAGGAUGAUGCUUUCUUGGAUGAAGACUUUCCUGAACCUCUUGAGGAGGAAGAAGAAGAAACAGAAGUUGCUCAGUUUCCCAGUACAGGAAGCAACUUUACUUAUGAGGUGGAUAACUUGAUGGACAACAGCAUUGAAAUAGAGUCCAACAAAAGAAUGAAGGCUGAACACAUGCAUCCCAUUACUUUAACUUUCAAAGACCCAGACACAGAGGAGAUGUAUCACCAGGUCCGAGCUGACCUUCUGAAGAGCAAUGUUGUGUGCACAUUCAUCAUCUGGGUUCUUAUCGUUAUUUGUCAGUCAAUUGUGGCACAAAAGUGUUUCAGGUUUUUACUGGCUCCCUUCAUACCAGCAACACUCCUCCUGGCAGUAGGACUCCUGAUGGUCAUGGCAGAAGAGUUCCCACAACUGCCACUGAGCCUUCGCCGCCUCUCCACCCGUCUGGCUCGGGCUACUUUUGGCAGGAAGGCCUUCAUUUGUGCUCUCAUGGCCAUUAUAUCAGUACCUUCAAUGCUCACUUUGAUACUUAUUAAUGAACAGUGUAAAGCAAAUCCACAACCUACUUUAGCUCAAGAGUUACCAUCAGUCCCCAAUCCAAGCUUGUCUUCAUCUCUACAGCCAUCCAGUGAAGUAGUAUCAGCUUCAGUGAAAGAUAAUAACAGUCUAAAAACUCAGUUGUCCUCAGCACAGCCUAGGUUUGGCAAUUUCCAGAGCAGAAACUUAUAUCGCACAACAUAUGGUACUCCAAAAUAUAGAGCUGGAGGUGUAUAUAAUACAGGCUCUUUUAAUGGAGAAUCAAUUCACAAAGUAGAAAAUAAGGAAUACUAUAUAGAAAAUUCAACUCUUCCCUUUACACCUAAAUACAAGGAGAAAAGGUCUGUCAAUAUAUCAACAUAUGUGAGAAAGUCUGUGAGGAGAGAAAAUUACCCCGUCAAUGAAAGAAGCAUUUAUUAUUCCAAAAAAGCCAAAUGUAAAACUAAAAGAACUUUGGUGAAAAUUGCAAAUCAUUUAGAAAUUGAAACAAGAACUAGAGUGCGCCGCAGUGAUGAACUGCAAAAAAAAUAUGUUGAUUUCGAAAAAGAGCAUGCUACAGAAAAUAACCAUAUGCAUAAAUUGACCAAUGAAAGUGUCUGUGAAUUUGAAACACCAACAGUUGCAAGUAUUUACCCUCAGUACUUUAUCUACACUUGGGUUCUCUGUAUGGUUGCCCUGGCAUCCUUCCUCAAGCUGAACUACCUGGUCAAGACAAUAGUGCUGGUGUUCAUGGUGACUUGCUAUGGCAUCCUCAUCAUCAACUUCAGCAGUGAAAUUGGUAAUUGUUACAGUGGUGUAUCCCUGACUUAUAAAUUAGCAGUGCUGCUGGUAUUGUUUUUUUUUAUGGUGUCCUAUCAUGGUCGGCUUGUGGAAAUAACAUCUCGGCUGGACUUUGUUUGGAAGCAGCAGGCCUUAAGGGAACUCACAGACAUGAAUGAAUGUCGUCUGUACAAUACUCAGCUUUUGAAGAAUAUUCUGCCUGAUCACGUAGCCACUUACUUCUUAUCAGAUGACAGAAGAGGCGAGAUUUUUCAGGAGUUGUUUUCUAAGGCAUAUGACAAUGUGGGAGUCUUGUUUGCUUCCAUUCCAAAUUUCACACAGUUCUAUUCAGAAGAUGUCAACAGAGGAAUGGAAUGCAUCCGACUGCUUAAUGAGAUCAUAGCUGACUUUGAUGAACUCCUAGAUGAAAAACGCUUUGCUUGCAUUGAAAAGAUCAAGACAAUUGGCAGCACUUACAUGGCAGCAUCUGGACUAAACCCAACAGAGAAGGAUGCUGAGGACAGCCAUGCUCAUUUGUGUGCUUUGGUAGACUUUGCUUUGGAGAUGAAAGCUCGAUUAGAGGAUGUCAACAAGCACUCCUUUAAUAACUUUAGGCUUCGAGUAGGGAUCAGUCAUGGUCCUCUUGUUGGAGGAGUGAUAGGGGCCAAGAAGCCUGUGUUUGACGUGUGGGGCAACACUGUCAAUGAGGCAUCAAGGAUGGACUCAACAGGUGCUAAUGACACCAUCCAGAUUCCCAAAGAGACUGCUCAGAUUCUCAAUUUUAGAGACUUCCGUCUACAGUACAGAGGAAAGAUUUCUGUCAAAGGUAAAGGAGAGAUGGACACAUAUUUCAUACUUGGCAGAAAGGACACCCGACAGCUGAACUUCAAUAGACAGCCUUCCACUUAUAACUCUUUGGCAGAAGUGGUCUAUGGCAUGGUCCAGGCACGGAAGAAGCAGACAAUAAAAAGAAGUAAUACAUCAGUAAGAAGGGACCGUCAAAGGAAAGUUUCGCCAUCUGAGACUGGUAUGUCUACAUCAUCUGUCAGUGGAGGUGGAUUUGGGACACGGGACUUUACUCCAGGGCUUUCUCGUAGAGGAGGCAAGCUAGAAAAAACCACUUCUUCUCAUCACAAUUUGCGCAGUCUUGCAAGGGAUGACCACCGACCAGAAAUUUCCAGUAAAGGGAAAGAUGAAAUAGUAUAAGAUGUAUUAUGAGGCAUUGAUGUGCUUUGUGGAAAUAGAUUACAUCAUUACAGAUGUGAAGGUGAGCUUCCUUCUCAAGAUUCACAUCUCAUGAUAGAACUCUCAGUGAAAAAAAAGAUUUGUAGAUAAUGUGCACAAAGCCAGAAGGUAACAAAGUCAAUGAGUGCAUUCCAAAUACAUCUAUAUGACUAUCAAAGUGUUUGGUGAACAGCACUGGCUGAGACACCAGUGUAAGUGCCACCUGGAACGCUGCUGCCUCAGGUACUGAUUACUAAGUAAGAGUUUAUGGCAUAGCCACAGAACACUAAUCGGGAUUGUUGAUUAUGUGGAAAGAAAACAUUACAUAACUAAGAUGUUAAUAUGUGUGUUGCUAUUCGUGAAUCACAAAAUGUACUUACGUGUGGCAAAAAUAGAUUCAACAAGUUACAGAAAUUUUGUUUCAAAAGAUAGAAAACAUUGAAGGAACAAAUUUUUUCAUGACAAUAAGUUCAAAUGAAUAUGUGAUUAGGUUAAUUUAAUUGAUUGAGACAGAACAGGAAUGGAGUGAUGUAAGGUACUAAUAUGUGAUGUCCCAAUCUUUCCAAAUAUAGACUUGGUAAGAAUUUGCUACUUUAUCAUAGAAAUGGUUGAUCUCCUCCCUAUCAUGUCUGCACAUACAAUAGAAUCAUCCAUAAUACUACAUUUAUAUUCACAUUCACAUUUCAUAACAUGUCAUCUCUCUCUGUAGUAAUUAGUAUCUUUUAACCUUUUUUUAGUAACUUACCUCAGCCCAAAGAUGUAAAACUAGAGUGGAUGUAUAGAUUGAAUGUGUUGUAGAGUAUUUGAUUUUACCUAAGUACCAUAUUUAUUGUAAGUGCCAAAUGAGAAAAAAAGUGUUAAAAGAUUUUUCUGCUGUGAAGAAUUCCAAGCUUCUGUGAUACACAUGACAACCAGAUGCUGUCAAUGUAUUAUUUAAAGAAAUAGUAAUGCUGUAGAAAUUGGUUUCUUUGUUUGACAUGAGAGUUUGCAUAAUCUUGGGUGAUGCUAUGAAAGUGACAGCUGUUCAGGGGAGUGGUUUGUAUAUUUUCUUAUUGACUAUAUUUAUAAUGCAAAGUUCACGAUCAUGAGAUUAUUCUACGAAACUUUCUUAGUAUCUAGUAUUUUACUUACCUAUGUAGUAUCUUAGUGCUGAAAGCAUUAACUGAUUGACUACAGAAAGGAAGACCACAAAUAUAUUUUUUAAUGUAAUUAUGUAUGAAUAAGUCAUGAACACACAAGAUGUCACUAUAUAUAAAAUAAGUCACUGUGCAUAAUAAAUAUCUGAAAUAUA